AUGGGUUUGAGCAAAGUCAGUGAUAUAAAGAAAAAAAAGAAACGAAAAUCGCAUAGGCAGGACGGAGAUGAACUAGCAAAGCGAAAGAAAAAAACUGAAAGAUUUGGCAGUUCCUUGGUGAAGAAGGUUAAAUCUUCCACCGAUGAUAAUGAUAAAGAUAAUUCAUUAUUUGAUGAUGAAGCUUCUGUUACUGAUUCAGCAGGGAGAUCGUAUGACAGCGAAGAUGAAGGUGGAGUUGAUGAUGAGAUGAAGGGGUUCAUUGUAGAUGAGGUGGAUGAUGAAGAGGAACUUAGCGAUGGAGGAAGGAGUGAAGAAUAUGAGGAUUACGAGGUCAAUAACCAACUCGACGACGACGAUUUGUCACUUAUCGCAGAGAAUACUGGUCAACAGGCCGUAAAACAUCGUCUAAGAAAAAAAAACAAAGAUACAUUGGAUGAAGAUAGUGACAGAGAUGAGGUUAAGGGUAAAGCAACAGAUGACCGUUACUUGAGUGACGACUAUGAAGAAGAUGAAUGGCUUGAAGAUGACUAUGCUGACAAUGAAAUCCACAUGAACGACAUGUGGAAUAGCAUCGCAGAAUGUUUUGGUGAUGUAGAACUUGUUAUCAAUAUCCUAAAGAAUAGGAAGCCAAACUUUAACGAAUAUCAGGACAAUGAAGAUAAGUAUGACGAGUCCCCCGAGAAGACCGAAGGCCUGCGCAAAUUAUCUACAUUAUCGCACAUUGCCGAACCUGAUGAGAUUAUUAGGGAAUAUAUGACAGCUGAAGACGAGGCAAUUUGCAAUGCUGACAUGCCGGAGCGAUUAUCUCUCGCCUAUGGAAACAGGAAACUGCCAGUUGAGAUCAAGGACAUUGUAAAUGAAUCUGCAUGGAUUAUUGGGGCACUUAACAAACAAUUUCCAGAGGAAUUAUCAUUUGAAAAUGUCUUAAAGAGAUAUAUUGAUUCAUUUGGCGAAACAGUCACUAUUUUUCCCGAUGAUAUAUCAAAUGAAAUAAAAACCAAAGUGGAGCUAGUGAUAAUGUGGAUAUUAAACCAUAAACUAGAGCCUGCCUACAUAAUAUGCCAAAAAAUGCACCUAUUAUCACCUCCACUAACUGAAUCCAUGAUAUGGAAGAUUUAUGAUUUGGACCUUGAAUGGUAUCGUCUCAAAGAGAUAUUAAAUGAGUUAAAUGAUACAAUAAUUUCCAAUGGAAUUGAAGAUUUACCUGCAGAUGUUGAUAAAAUAUUGACUAACUUCAGUGACUUUACUGAUUUGGAAGAUGUAAAAUAUUUCUUAUCAAUACACUACCCGCAGAUCGAUAAUCAGUAUGCCACCGAACUUAUUACCAAUAAUAGCCCAGUAGAUGAAAAAACAAAUGUUAAUAUGCAAAAUGCUAACAAAAAUGAUUCAUCUGUGGCAAUAGACAAGGAUGACAUUUUUGGUGAAGACCAGGUUGAGAAUGAUGAAUCGGACGAUAGUAACUUCACUAUAAACGAUGAAGAUGAAGAAGAUCAGAAUAAUAUCAUAGAACAAUCCACCAUUCAACCACAAACCGACAAGCCUGGACAUUCAAAGACCACAAUUGCCAGGCCUACCGAAGCAAUUUCCGGACUGAACAUAAUAUCAAGCAUUAAAAUUGGCAACUUAAACGAGUCUUGGAACGAAUAUUUUCCCCUCCCCUCACAAUUUGCUCAAGUUUUAUCAAAAACUGUGGAAUUUUCCGCCCAAACUGAUGAUGAUUGUAAUAACUUGUAUAUCGACCAAGCAAAUUGCAUUGAAGAGUGGGAUAAAAUAAUUACAAACCGCGCCAGUAAGAACUAUAGCACAGCUUACCCGAGUAAUAUAUCAUCUGAUAAUGAAAUUAUAUCACAACAAGUAGAAGAGUGGUGUGAACAGUUCCAAACUGGACCUUUUAACAGUGGAAGGAAGGUGCUAGACGCCCUAAUAACAUAUUAUUCAAAACGAUUAGCCACACAACUUGGUAUUAGAAGGUUUAUGCGUGAAUUGUAUAUGCACAGCGCUAGUAUCACAACAAUUACCACGCCAUUGGGUGAAAAUCAAAUUGACCCUUCGUCCCCCAAUUGGCUUCCAUCCAGGUUGCUUAAAAUUCCAAUUCGCAUGCUCAUAAAUGCCUCAAAAACGAAUUAUACAUACCCAACGCAAUACACUAAUAUUUGGUCUCGAUUGAAUAACCUAAGGGAACAGCUUUGCAACACAAGCCUUGGAUAUUUGUACCUUGAGGUACUUAAUUUGAAGGACAAGGGGCUAAUAGAAUUAGUGAUCCACCCGUUGAUUGAUAGUGAAAACAUUUACUGGGGAAGUCAGCGCUAUAGCAACAGACUGAGGCAAUGGAAGGAAAGGUACCAAACCACCAAAGACGGACCUUCCGGCCCUUUGAAACAAGAAUAUGAAGACGGUAAAUCACUAAUUGACCGCGAACAUUUUGCAUUAGUUGAAGCAGAAAAAUCAGAUAGUAGAUGGAGAGAAAAUGUCAUUGACAAGUUAAGCAUAGUAUAUCUUAGUUAUUUCAACAAGAAAUUUGGCGGAGAAAAAUUUUUACCCAUAUUAACAUAUAUCCAGGAUAAGAUAGUUAGGCGGUUACUGAAGGAAUUGCUAAUUAAGUUCAGAAGGGAGGCAUCUGAUAAGUUGAUUAGGGAGGGGCAAAACCUGGUCAUCCAGUAUUGCAAGGCGAUGCUCCACUGGCACUUUGACUUGGACACCGAUAAAUUUUACCAAAAACACAACCCACUCUCAACACUAAAACAGCAAAAUAUAGCAUCUGCAGUUGGAAAUGAUUCAGGGCUAUUUAUAACUCUUGUAGACUAUAAUGGCUUCUACAUUCAACACUUUUGUUACUACUUUAUAGUUGGGCCUGGAGUACGGAGAGAUAUGAGCAAUAUACAAUAUACGGAUUCUGCCAGUACCAAUUCGCAGUUGGAGAUUAAUGAUAUUGUGGAGAAGUUUUUGGAGUACAAAGUAUCAUUAUUGUUGGUUGGAAUAACAAGUGUAGAUUCUUACAAUGUAUAUAAAGUGCUUUCUGACAAGCUAAGCAGCCGAUUGUCCCAUGGAGAUAAAAAAUUUAUUGUGGAAAUUGUGCCCACAAAAAUACCUCAGAUUUAUGCCUCAAGUGACAAGUGUAGGAAGGAGUUUGGUACCAUUUAUCCACAGGAAGUUUUGGUGUCUAUCGGUCUGGUCAGAUAUUUCCAGUCACCAUGCAGUGAGAUUGUUAAUUUGUGGAACGAUGGUGUCACUAACCAUUUACUGGAGUUGCAAUUGCAUCCAAUACAGGAUGUGAUACCAAAAAAUAAGCUACUAAAGGCCUUGGAAAUGCAGUGCGUUAUUGAAGUUAGCAGGUGUGGGGUUUCAUUAGCAGAGUUAAGUGAAAAACACCAUGCGCGCGGUGUAUUGCAGUUUGUCCCGGGUCUUGGACCUAGGAAAGCUCAGGUUAUUUUGCAAGCCAUGUCUAAGGGCCCGCUUUAUAGGAAUUUGCUAGAUCCCAAACACUAUGGAUUGGAAAUCAAAGGUAUAGGUAAUUGUGUAUAUGAAAACUGCGCUAGUUUCAUAAGAGAUCCCAUUGAUAAAAUUACGGAUUGUCCAUCUCAGUCGACUGAGAUCAGCGAUGGCAUAGAUUGGUACAAAAGUUACGAUGGUUCGACUUUUGGAUUUACUCGCAUUGGUCCAGAAGAUUAUGGCAUGGCAAAGCGAAUAAUUUCAUUGGUUAAUGAAAAUGGUUCUACUGCUUUGGAUUCUGUUGAUUUGUCCAUCUUAGCCAAGGAAUAUACUUCCAAAUUGGAUAAAUUUGCCGUGCUACGGGCACUUAAACACCUGAAUCUUAUUAGGGAUGAAUUGGUACAUCCAUUUUCAUCUAUGAAUGUUGAAUAUGACUCUCCCAACUAUGAAACGAUCUUCUACGCCUCUUUGAAAGAAAAUCCAAUGACCUUUAAAACCGGUUAUGCAGUGCAUUGCAAGAUUGAAAGUAUCAAUGAGGUUGGGAUCAGGGGCAGGAUUUAUCCCAGUGGUAUUACUGCAGUUGUGGCCGAUUUUAAACAGCUGAAAUCAUCUUUAUCAAUUAACCGCCAAGCUGAAUCCAUUUUGAAUGAACAGUUGCCAUCAAGAAUCUCCCGAAUUGAAUACAGGCCCAGGAUAGAAUUUGACACUUAUACCUUUAGGGUGGAGGUGAUGGUAACCACUCAAAUGGUUAAGCGACUGUUGUAUGAGUUUUACGACAAGCUGAGUAAGAUGGGAGUAGAGAAGUUCGUUUCCCCCCUAUGUUUAUUUGAUGUUACUAUACUUCGGAAGCGCGCUUUCUUUGAAAUUGAUCAGUUCCUCAAACCAAAGAUACAAUACAAGCGAAUAAUUCGCCACCCUUUAUACCGUGCAUGGCCGGUAAAAAAGGCUAUCGCAUACCUUCGUCAAGAACAGAUUUGCAUUGGCCAAUCUUGUUUCUUGCCCUUGCCUCAAUCUGACAAGUUGAAUCUCAUCAUGAAAACAUGCAGCGACCCAUUUAAUUGUGUUAGUUUUACUAUACACGAAUCCAAUCAGCGAAGUCCUGGCGAAUUGGGUAAGGAACUAGUGAUAAACGGGGAAUCUUUUAUGAGCCUGGAUCAAAUUGUUGCCCAGUUAUGCGAUACGCUCAAGGUAAAUUUGGAGGAGAUCUACUCGCACCCAAGGUAUAGGUCAAAUUGCGAUGUUGCAAAGGUGGAGAGGGAUUUGUUACAGGAAUGUGCUAUGAAACCGGAUUCAAUUUCAUGGGCUUUAUGCCCGCCCGACCCAAAACGAAGAGUGGUACAAGGGGGAACUCAAAAUGUUAAUCAUCCUUUGAGAUUCGCGCUGGUUGUGGUUCCGCCUGGUGCCAUGAUUAAAAGUAUACCUACCAUUAAGGAUUCUAUUUACGUAUCCCACAAAAAAUUUACUUUGUGGACUCAUAGCGAGAACACGCUCAAGUCACUGUUAAACUGGUGGAAGGAGACCGGAUAUUGGAACAGGAACGCGGAACUUGAAAUGUACAAUAAUCAAAAGAUGAAGAAGAUGGGUAUGGACAAGACUGUAGCGCAUGCUGAGGGGCAAAUGGACAGGUACCGGCAUCCACAUAAUCAACCGUACUAUCGCCCAGCACCGCAACAGCUUUAUCAGCAAGUUCCACCUCAAGGCUGGGGGUAUCAGCCUUACGGCCGUCAAAACUAUUGA